AUGUGUGAAUUUCUUUGUCAAGUUUCCAUAUUAUUACACAAGAGUGGUAAGAAGGAUUUGCUUUCAUUGUGGGAACAAUCUGUGGCCAAGUCUGGAGGUUACUUCCACCCGGUUAAGCACCUCUCAUGUCCUGGUGUGAGCUUUGAGCCCUUUUUUAAAGUCUGUCAAAGAACAGCAUUUGUCACUGCAGUGGGACCUCAAGAAAACAAGGUUGUAUGGCAACAUCUGAACGAACCCAGUGACUUUGUGAUAGUUGAGGAGCUACAAAAAGCAGAAAUUGUCUCAAAAUAUCAAGUUCUAUUUCUGGUUUCUUUUGCAGUAGCUGGUGUUCGUGAAGAUGUCUUUUUGAUCUGGAAAGAGUUGGAGGAAGCCAGGAGUACAGUGAGACAAGUUCAGAAAAUUUUAUCAGAAUCUGACCAGCCUGCUUCUUGAGAUGCUGAUAAUCCAUUACAGAAGCAUUCAUCUGACAAAUACCUGACUUCUGAGAAGUGGUUGCAGAAGUACGGCUUGAAAGCUCAGAAGCUCACACUGUACGAUGCACUUGCUGAUUGCACUUUUCGCCAUGUGGAUGGGAUUGUUGACAUAAAAACGAAACCAGAGGAUGAAUCUUCACAAACUGAUGCUGAGUCAAGGAAGAAAGUAAUUAAUGCAAAAUACUGUGACAAGUUUGUACAUACCCUCUGGAAAGAUGGAUCUGUAGUUCAUGUAUAUGUUAGCACAGAAAAGUAUAAGCAGUAUGAAGAGAAAAUGAGGAUGGCUCUCAGACAAGUGGAAGGAAGGAUUAAGUGGCUUCAACAAGGAAGCAGAGGGCUUUUUGGGAAUGUGUUUGAAGAUGAUGUCUAUAUUCUUAUUGAUACAUCCCAGUCUAUGAAGGAAAAGCUCCCACUGGUGAAAGAGAAAAUAUUUCAGCUCAUACAGGAACAAUUAAGACACAAAAAGAGAGUUAACUUUGUGAAAUUCAGUGCCCAAGCAGUUGCGUGGCAAGAGAGACUUGCUGAAGUUAAUGAGGAAAAUUUGCAAGAUGCUUGGCUUUGGAUAAAAGGGCUUGAGGUUGGAAGCUCCACAAAUACACUCAAAGCUCUCCAGAUUGCUCUUGCCGAUACUGGCACUCAGGCUAUUUACCUCUUGACUGAUGGGAGACCUGACCAGCCGCCCUCAAUAAUUUUGGCUCAAGUCCAGUUUUAUCGCAAAAUUCCCAUCCAUACUAUAUCCUUCAACUGUGAUGAUAUAGAAGCUAAUAAAUUUUUGUAUGAACUAUCUACUGAAACGGAGGGAAGGUUUCAUAAAUACAACAUUUAUUUGACUCAUCCUGAUGCUCCAGAUUUUAUUGUUAGUGAAGACAUAUGUCUUUUGAAAAAAGAAAUUGUACAAGGAGAAAGAGACUUAGAGAAAAUGAAGACCUUUCAUGCUGAAUGUCUGAUGAUGGAUGGUUACAAUGGAGAAAAUGAUCCAGAGAAUAAUAAUCACAAGCAGCCAGAUACUGUGCCUUCUGUAAUCAAACAUGUUGAAGAGCAGAGUACUUCCCUUAGCAGUAGGCCAUGUUUUGCUUCGGAGGAGCCAGCACCAGCGCCACAUCAGCAAACCUGGCAAACCACUGCCGACAGUCCAGCUCGAAGGAAAAAAGCAUUACAUGCAGAGCAAACAAAGACGAGUCUGCUGCGAGUCCUGAGCCACAGUGUGAAAUCUGGGGAAGAAAGCCUGGCGGAAGGAAUAGCUCCUGUAAAAAAGUGUUUUCCUGUCAAAAAGGGCAUAAAAUGUACAGCCAUUUUCAAAGGCAAGUUGACAGAACAGGAAGCUCUGGAUCUGAAAAUGCAGAAAGCUGUGAAAAGGACAUCUAAAAGUUCUCUAGAUAUCUCUUCGGCUCUUUGGUUAAAGACUCACGGCUUGGUUGCUAGGCGACUCACCAUCAUGGAUGCCUUAGCUCCUACAGCUGUCCCUCGUGGUACAAAAUACAUCCCAGUUCUGGACAAGCGUGUGGUUUCUAAAGUAUUUGAUGAGAUGUUACCGCUGGCCCAUGUUUGCAACGACAAGAAGCAGAUCACACUAAUUAAUCCCCAGGCAGUGAAUCUUGAUGCCUAUAAAGAGAAGCUGGAACAAGCAAUUAAAUCCUAUGAAAGACGCCUAAACCUAGUUAUUUGGAGAGCACUGUCUCAAGAGGAAAGAGACAAAUUUGAAGAGGAUGGGCCAGUUCAGUAUAUGCAGCAUAAAGAAGCUUUGCUGGAGUCUUUAGAGAAUUUGGGAUGGCCAAUUUCCUCUGAAGAUGUAAUAUUGUUAGAAGAUGAGAUACUGACAGCAUUGACAUAUGUGCAACAAGCCUCUGAUCUUCAGGAAGCUGUCAAAAAACAAACUGAGAAAAGUUCAGAAUCACAGAUAAGCAACAAUAAAAAGAGACUUGAAGAAGAAACUGUGAAGUCAAAGUCUAAAAAAAGACAAAAAGGCCAAGUAUUUGAGACUCACAAAAGCCAAAAGGUGAUUGCAAGAUCAGACAUCACAGGAUUUUAUUACCCAGGAACUGUGAUAAAGAAUAUUAGUUCUACCUCUGCACUUGUUGACUUCAGAAAUGGGGAGACCUGGAUUGUACCUGUAAAGUUCACUAUAUCUGUGGGAGGUGCUAUGCCAUGCCCACAUCUGCAGGUUGGAGAUUGUGUGUUUGCCAGAACUGGGACACAGACAGGUUAUGAAUAUUACGUGCCUGCCAUUGUCAUAGCAACUCCAAAGAGGAUGGAAAUGGGUGACAAACUCUACACAGUUCAUAUGUUCAACAGCAGGAAGGAACACUGUGUAAGAAGUGGGCUCAUUAAAAUCAGUCAGACAAAGUAUGCCUUUUCCUGUCGGUACAUAAGAAUGGUGCAGAUGGUGGAUUAUAUGAUCCUGAACAGAGGAACCACAAAGACCUUUACUCACUCACCUGUGGAAGAUGGAGGAGAAGCAGCAAAGAUAAGUAUUGUGAAAGAAGAUAGGGGGAAAAAGAAAAAGAAGAGGAGAGAAGUAGACAAAACACAUCCCAGAGGGAGGAUAUUGGACUCUGAUAAUCUUUUGUUUGUCUCCAGAAGGGAAGUAAAACAGAAAAAAAGACAUUCACUGCCUAGAAAUGAAGAAGAAUUUGAAGCAUCUUCAUUCUCCACUUCACCAUCCAGGCGCUCAUCAACAUGUCAAACUCUUCAGUUGCCGAGUGCUUCAACUCCAAGCUCACCAAAGCAUCUUUGUCGCUUGCACAGUCCUGCUGGAGAAAAGUCUUGA